UUCACUGCGAGUUGUUAUCUUAACGUUGUCGUGUACGGUUUGUUCCAAGUUUUGCUCAUCACCGAUAAUUAGAAUUUCACAAUACGGCGCUCGAUUUAGUGGAUACGGAAAAUAAACAAAUGUAAAGAAAGGGAAAUGUAAAUAAAAAAAAAAAAAAAAACGAAAAAUGUAAGAAUACGUGAAGUAUUUAUGUGUAUUGCAAAGAAAAUUAAUUUUGCUUAAGCUCCCGCUGAGGUUGCUGGAACCACCCCAUGCAAAGGUUUAACGCAAAUGACCUCUUAUAAAACCAUGAAAUACCUUUGAAAAAAAAAAGCACCAACAACAAACACCGCCACCACAAGACCGAUAGAAAAAAAAAAUAAAUAACAUAUGCACAUUUUAUGCAAAUAUAAGUUUUAAAGAAAACGCUAAGCCCUCAACGCUAACAAAGCCCAAUCAUAUUGUUGUUAAAGAACGUAUUUACUACAAACAAAAAACACAUCUAAAUUUCCCAUCAACGACCGCAGCGGAAACAACAACAAAUGGGAUAUUCGAUCCAGAAUACGGAGACUGGCGAACUUUGCUAUGUUCAAACGGAUGCCGACAGAGUCCAUGAGCCAAGCUAUGACGCUGAAACGGGUGAACCCAUUUCGGGUGAGUUAACAGUGCGUUACAAGAAACAGAAACACUUUCAAAUACCUAAGAAACUUUUGAGAGCUUCGCCCUGUGAGGAAUUCGAGAAGCGUAUGCUGGGCCACACUGAGGAUAUCUAUGAGGAACCCAAGGCUUGCAUUAGCAAGAAAUCAGCAGUAUCUACUAUUGAGGCAACAAGUCGAAAGUCGAAGUCCAAACUUAAGAAGCAGUCAUACAAUCGUGAUGAUUUCAUGAAUAUGGAAGGUGUGUCUAAUGACAUCAUUUUGGGUUAUAAUAAAUCCAAUUAUCGCAUGUUAUUGUUGCCCACCUUGUUCUGUUUCAAUAUUUAUGCCGCUCUUGUCAUUAUGAUUGUGGAGACGUUCUUUCAUUUUUGGGCCCAUUUCAAGAAUGGCAUUAACAUGAACAAGGAUUUUUACUAUCGCAGUCCCUUGCAUGUCAUCACAUCACAAUUUUGUGCCAAGUGUCGCUGUGAAUCGGAAAUGGAGGUGAAUAUAUUUCGAGCUUUGAACAAACAGAUGAGGUUGGCUCGCAAAUCACAAACCCUGAAGGAAGUCUCAAAGGCAAUUGGAUGAGCAAUAUAAAGGUAUAUAUCGGGUAGUGUUGAAAUUUUAUACUAAAUUAUAUGCAUUUUAUGUUGUUAAAUUAAAACAAGAGCAUUAAUUCAAA